AUGGAAAAUACAACUUUCCCUACCGAAAUUCCAUUAACGUCUGCCAUCACACAGCUUCUAAUUGCUCAACAACUUACAUUUAUACCAUGGCCACUCUAUUCGGCAACACGGCCGAGUAAUCGGCAAAUAGACAUGGAGGAAGAAACAGCUGUUCAACUGAUGAAGAAAAAGUGCAUGGCAGCCUUUUAUCAUAAUAUCAAUGAUCAAAAUAAAUCUAUUCAGCAUAAAUACUGCUCUACUACUCCGGAUACCUGGUGCUCAUUUCAUAAAUCAAAAUAUACAAAUCAACCAGAAAGUGGUGAUAAAGUCAAGCAAAGAUUAGAUCCUGUAGUUCGUGAUGUAUUAUCCAAAAUAAUCGGGGAUCUGACAGACCCUGAACUUCUUCGUAGAAGUUUACGCGGGCUGACUCAGAAUUCAAAUGAGUCUCUGAAUUCCGUGAUAUGGUUUAUUUUGUCUAAAUCAAAAAAUCAUGGCUUUAUUAGUGUUAGUGGUGCAGCAGCUGAGGCAGUUAUAAUUUUCAAUCGUGGUCGUGUUGGUCUGUUACCAUUUAUCGAUACAUUAGGAUUAGAUGUUAAUUAUUCAUUAUUGAACAGUUCAUUAACAAAAGAUUCAAAACGUCCUGCUAAGGCCGAGUCUGUAAUAGCAAAACCAGAGACAGUAAUUGAACAGAAAAAACAGGCUCGUUCAAAGUUACUGACAGCUGAACGUGAUAUUUUUGAAUAUGGAGCAGGAGCUCAUUAG